CGGGUACGACCGUCAUGGAUAAAGUCGAUAAAAAUGCCACGUCGACUAGGAUAUCCGAACUCCGCUAUAAGAUAACGGUGAUUCUGGCUCCAGAAAGUCGGUAACAGAACGGGAAGGACGGAAAAGGUAUAGCUAAUCGGAAGAUGAUAUUAAUACCCAGGGCCAAGGUAAUGGAAUUAAGUGGUAAAAAUUUUAAAGGUUCCUUUUCUAUUGAGCACUCGCCCAAGUAAAGGCUACGAUUUCUAGAUUAAAAUAAUUCAGAAUCACAACUCAAGAUGAUCUUCCCUCGCGAAUGCUUCUUUAUACUGCCCCUACUGACGAUAGCCGGGGCAAAUCAUGGACCAGAGGUACACGAUAUCAAUAAGAGAUCGGCACAAGAGUCUUGCGCCGAAAUAUCCAAGCCAUCAACGUUCACAAUCUCAAACACACAGUAUAUAAAAGUUGAAGGACGCGACCCCAUUGACCCGAUGCUCAAUUCGACCACAAUUGCCUUCGAGGUAGUGAAUAACGCCAACGGUGUCACAGUAGGGUGCUCGCGGAUUAAUGUUAUGCACGAUGGGAAAUACCCCGACGACAGCAAAUAUUGGAGUGACUGUCAAGAUCUAAGUCUCGAGGUGGAUGGGACUUCGUACCCCCUCACUACGAACGCGAAUUUCCUCUGGAACGAAUGGAAGUUGAGUGUCAACCAAAGCUGGAAUUGCGGUGGCGCGACCGUGAGGCAUAUUUCUACCGUAACGCUCUCACCGACUUGCAACGAGACUAGAUCCCCGUACCAAUACCUCAACGAAUGCUCAGCUCCUAAGGUGGAAAGUCCUGCAAGGUCUCAAUAGCCAAAUUUAUCUUCUUGAAGUAGCAUAAUUCUACUUUUUCAAUCAAUUGCUAAUAUCCUCCAUAUGCUCGCUGAUGCAUGUGUCCAUCA